AUGAUAGUUCAAAGUAGGAAGCAACAGUUGGUCAUCUUUUCCAUGAUAAUAUACCUCCUAACUAUAAUAACCAUCUUCACAUCCUAUAAAUCAUCAAAGACAUUCUUACAAUGCACUAUCAAACUGACUCAAGGUAUUAACGUACUCAUAUUAGCAAUAUUUACGGCAUUGAAUUUAUUCCUACUAUGGGAAUUCCUAAGAUGGAUACUGUUCGGUGAAUUAAGACUGAUUGAACACGAGCACAUCUUUGAGAGAUUACCCUUUACAAUAAUCAACGUCCUAUUUAUGAUUUCCAUAUUCAACGAAUAUCAAUUCUUUAACGCACUUGUAUUUGCUCUAAUAUUAUCGGUCCUAAAAGUAUUCCAUUGGAUAUUAAAGGAUAGGUUAGAAUCAUUGUUGCAAAGUAUAAAUGACGCUACGGAUCUAAAAAAUUUAAUAUUUUCAAGAUAUAUGUUGAAUCUAGCAAUAUUCAGUGUAUUAGAUUUCUGGAUUUGUUCAAAUACCUACCGUGCAUUCCGAGGUUAUGAUAAUAAUAACUCUACUAACAAUAAUCAAAACGCUGAUAGCUCGAAUCUAAUGAAUAAAAACAAUUUAACACCUACUAACAAGAAAGCACUAUUUCUCCUAUUUGGUAUGGAAUUCUUUGUAUUAUUCCUGGAUUUAAUAAAUCUGGCAAUGCAUACUGUGUUAAACUUCUAUGAAUUUUACUGUUCCCAAAGAGCAACAGCUCAUCACAAUGUCAAUGCCGGAACUGAUGAAGAGUCCGAAGAAGAGGCUGACGGCGAUGAUGAUGAUGCCAACUUCAACGGUUUGGAAGGUAAAUUCAUGUAUGAGAAACUCAUUGACGUUUCCACAAAAUUCUUCAAAACAAUAGUUCACAUUUUUGUAUUAAUUCAAACAAAAUUACAAAUUAUGGUAUUAAAAGAUGUGGUCUGGGAUUGUUUAACCUUGUAUCAAGAUUCAAUCUCUCUAUGGAAAAUUUACAAAAAUAAUAAACAACUAGAUGACAAAUUGCCUACCCUUUCAGUAAAUGAUGUUGAAAAUGAUAAUGACAAUAUCUGUAUAGUGUGUAUGGAUGAUUUAGUGCCAUCUUUACAUGGAAAAGAAGCUGUCGAAAUGACUCAAGCAGAUAUUGAUUCGAUUUCAAAAUCUAAAAGACCCAAAAAAUUACCUUGUGGUCAUAUGUUACAUUUAUCAUGUUUGAAAAAUUGGAUGGAAAGAUCACAGACAUGUCCAAUCUGUAGGUUGCCUGUAUUCGAUGAAAAUGGAAAUGUCAAACCAUUCCUUCAUACAACAACAAACAAUAAUAUGCAACCUAAUAAUGACGCCGAUGUGACUUCUACAACAGCGACCAAUUCAAGAACCGAUACGUCAACGCCUAUGACCGAUGUACCUACUCCUACACGGACAAGUGCGAGUGCUCUCACCACUAGCAGUAUUAUUACUCAAGAUUUUAAAAACGGCAUUACUCCUAUAGACUCCGUAGAAUGGUAUGCAUUUGAAAUCGAUUCAAUUUCUGACGCAAGGAAUGAAGUCAAAUUCAAUGUAAGGAACGCAUCUUCUAAUAAUAGAAGCAUACCCAUGAAACUGUUAAUUGAGCGCAUGGAAGAGACGGCAGAAGGGCAAAUUGUUAUACCUGACUCUGCGUUCUCGCGCGAAUGA